AAUGAUAGAAUGAAUGAAAAACAUAAAGAAAAGAAUUAUCCUCCAGAGAGAGAGAGAGAGAGAGAGAUUACCUUGGUUUCCAACCAGGAAUCUCUCCUUUCUGUGACAUUUUUCUCUGCUGGCCUUGAAGAAUCUCCUUUCUCCUCUUGUUGCAUUCUGCUUUUCUUUUCUUUGGCCAUUUCCAAACAAAAAGACACACGCUUCACGCAACCAAAAAAAAACUUAUUCUAGAAAUAUAUAUAUCUAUAAGUAUCCAAACAAAUUCAAGGAAAAAUACAUUGGAACCAAACAAGUCUCUUUAGUUAUAUACAUCUCUGUUAUUGCGAAAACAUGGCUUCUGCUUCUAGUAUUUCUCCGGCCUUAAAGCGGUCAGAGACGAUAGCCGAUAGCAUGCCGGACGCAUUGAGGGAGAGCCGGUACCAUAUGAAGAGGUGCUUCGCUAAGUACGUCGAGAAGGGGAAGAGGUUGAUGAAGCUUCACCAUCUGAUGGGUGAAAUGGAGAUCGUCAUCAACGACAAGGCCGAAAGAGAGCAGGUCUUGAGCGGCUUGCUCGGCUACAUUUUAUGCACAACCCAGGAGGCGGCUGUUGUUCCUCCUUACGUUGCAUUUGCCAUCAGACCAAAUCCAGGGUUCUGGGAAUUCGUUAAAGUGAGCUCUGUUGACCUAUCAGUAGAGGGAAUCACGGCUGCUGAGUACUUGAGAUGCAAAGAAAUGAUAGUUGAUGAGGACUGGGCAAAAGAUGAGAAUGCAUUAGAGGUUGAUUUUGGAGCGAUGGACUUCUCAAUGCCUCACCUCACCCUAUCUUCAUCAAUUGGAAAUGGACUCCAUUUCGUUUCGAAGUUCCUUACUUCCAAUCUGAAUGGUGGCUCAGGCUCACAGGGUGCGCAGCAUCUUGUGGACUACCUACUCUCCUUGAAUCACCAUGGAGAAAAACUGAUGAUCAAUGAGACUGUCAACACAGCUUCAAAGCUUCAAACUGCGCUAAUAAUAGCCGAAGCAGCCCUUUCAACCCUACCCAAGGACACACCAUAUCAGGACUUUGAGCCAAGGUUUAAGCGAUGGGGAUUUGAGAAGGGAUGGGGUGAUACUGCAGAAAGAGUGAAGGAGACAAUGAGGUCACUUUCAGAGAUUUUCCAAGCACCUGACCCAUUAAAUAUUGAGAAGUUCUUUGGCAGGGUUCCAACAGUCUUCAAUGUUGUACUGUUCUCAGUCCAUGGGUAUUUUGGUCAAGCCGAUGUUCUUGGUUUGCCAGACACCGGUGGACAGGUGGUUUAUGUUUUGGAUCAAGUGGUUGCUUUGGAGGAAGAACUGCUCAUCCGGAUGAAGCAGCAAGGCCUUAACAUGAAGCCUCAAAUUCUUGUUGUAACUCGACUAAUCCCCGAUGCUAAGGGGACUAAGUGCAAUGUGGAGUUGGAACCAAUCGCAGAUACGAAGCACUCCAACAUCCUUCGGGUGCCUUUCAAGACAGAAAAUGGAGUGCUUCCACAAUGGGUUUCACGUUUUGAUAUAUACCCCUACCUUGAAAGGUUUACUCAGGAUGCUGCAGAGAAAAUCCUUGAGCACAUGGAAGAUAAACCAGAUCUUAUCAUUGGAAACUAUACCGAUGGGAAUUUGGUGGCAUCACUUUUGGCUAGCAAACUGGGAGCAACUCUGGGGACUAUUGCACAUGCUUUGGAGAAGACAAAGUAUGAGGAUUCAGACCUUAAGUGGAAAGAGUUGGACCCAAAGUACCACUUCUCAUGCCAAUUCACAGCUGAUACUAUUGCAAUGAAUGCAGCAGAUUUCAUCAUCACAAGCACAUACCAGGAGAUCGCUGGAAGCAAAGAUAGGCCUGGGCAGUAUGAAAGCCACACUGCAUUUACGCUUCCAGGGCUCUGCAGAGUUGUUUCCGGCAUCGAUGUUUUCGAUCCCAAAUUCAAUAUUGCUGCUCCCGGGGCAGAUCAAUCUGUCUAUUUCCCUCACACGGAGCAGAAGCGAUUCACAUUAUUUCGUCCUUCCAUUGAAGAACUUCUCUUCAAUAAAGUCGAUAACAGUGAGCACAUUGGAUACCUAGAAGACAGGAAAAAACCCAUCAUCUUCUCAAUGGCAAGGCUUGAUGUAGUGAAGAACAUCAGCGGAUUAACCGAGUGGUAUGGCAAAAACAAGAGACUCAGGAGUUUGGUUAAUCUCGUUGUUGUGGCGGGUUUCUUUGAUCCUUCAAAAUCCAAAGACAGAGAAGAAGCAGCCGAAAUAAAAAAGAUGCACAUGUUGGUCGAAAAAUACCAACUCAAGGGUCAAAUCAGAUGGAUAGCAGCACAAACUGAUAGGCACCGAAACGGAGAGCUUUACCGUUGCAUUGCUGAUACAAAAGGAGCUUUUGUGCAACCUGCACUCUACGAGGCAUUUGGACUUACGGUUAUUGAAGCAAUGAACUGUGGAUUACCCACAUUCGCGACCAAUCAGGGAGGUCCCGCGGAGAUCAUUGUUGACGGGGUUUCGGGGUUCCAUAUUGAUCCAACUAACGGAGAUGAGUCCGGGAAUAAGAUUGCUGACUUUUUUCAGAAGUGCAAGGAGGAUCCUGAGUAUUGGAACCGGAUUUCCAAAGGGGGGUUGCAGCGUAUCAAUGAGUGCUACACAUGGAAAAUAUAUGCAAACAAGGUGUUGAAUAUGGGCUCUAUAUAUAGCUUCUGGAGGCUGUUGAAUAAGGACCAGAAGCAAGCAAAGCAAAGAUACAUCCAAAUGUUCUAUAAUCUCCAGUUCAGGAACUUGGUGAAGAAUGUCCCCACUUCUAAGGUUGAAGCUCCCCAACCACAAGUGUCUAAAGAAAAACCCAAAGCACGGCCCUCUCAAAGGAUAUGGGGAGGGAUUUGUGGAUGGAGAAGAAAACGUAGGGGAAAUACUGUCAAACAUUGAAUCAUCAAGCGCACGCAAACUCGAUUGCAGAGGUUGUUCGGAUCUUGAAGAUUCAAUGUCACAUGGCAGCUGGAUUCAGGGCCAGUCUCCAUUGGAGCUACCUGCUUCACUUUUUUUUUUUCCCCUUUUUAUAUUGAUUUGCUUACAAGAAGAAAAGUGCAUUGUAUAGAGCAAAACAAUAAAAGAGAAUUUGGCGUGUGAUUUGAUGCAGAUCAA